UAGCGACAGCAGUUACAAACGCAGCGGCCAUGGGCUCCUUGCUGUGGCUUCUGGUCGCUAUAUUGCUCGUUUCUCCUUCGGCGUGUGCGCGGACCAACCCACGUUUUACCGUCCUUACAAAAGCAGGGGUCAUCCAUGGGGGACCUGACGGUGUUCAGUUUUUCAACAGCUCAGGAAAAGGGCACGGACGAAUGGACGGACGGACGGACAACGAAAGAGAGCACUGCUACGUACCUUCAACAAGGUGCACGCCUAACUUGACAUACAAGACCCGAUGCAACGAAUGUCGCUGCAACGCCCUCGGGACGAGUGUCGAUUGUAUGCGGAAAAACUGUGAAGACUAGGAAUAGCGAGGUGUGUACGGCUACCUUUGUGAAACUAACAGCAGGCAAUCCUCCCGAUUUAUGCAGAUGGUAAAAAGAAAGACUGACAAUCAAAGUAUUCAUUACAAACUUUCACUAAUAUGAUAAUGUUGGUAACAUUGUGCCUAUAUAUUGAAGGAAAAUUGACCAUUUGUGAGUUCCGACUGUAGUUUGUUAUGAAUACGCACAAACCCGAUUGCUUUAACU